AUGACUCCAUUAGCAAUAGAUACUUUCAGUAAAAGUGAAUUAUAUGUGGACGAUCCUGGACGAGAAGGCAAAAUUGAUGUAGAAGUAGAUGUCUCUUUCCCCUAUUUGAAAUGCGAAUAUCUUGGCGUGGACAUACAAGAUGAAAAUGGUCGACACGAAGUUGGUUUUGUAGAUAAGACAGAGAAAGUGCCCUUACCUGACGACGGGUGUCGUUUCAAAGCCAAGUUUGAAAUCAACAAGGUACCUGGUAACUUCCAUUUAUCAACGCAUUCCGCUUUGCAGCAACCUGAAAAUCCCGAUAUGAGGCAUAUUAUCCAUUCUAUACACUUUGGGGAUGAAAUUCCAGCAACUAUCACAAAAAAUAAUUGUUUCCAAUUCCAGAACCCGAAUGUGAAAGGUAGUUUUAAUGCUCUCAAGGGAAAAUCUACCCUCUCCUCAGAACCACGUUACACACACGAAUACAUUUUGAACCAAAUUUUGCUUUCGAGUGUUGGAAUUGAAUAUUUUGCCACAGAAGGGCUCGCUUUGCAGAUUGUGCCGUCGAUCUAUGAAGACAUGAAUGGACAAGUAUGGAAUAGCUAUCAGUACACGUAUGGACAUAGUAACUACCUCGUUUACCAUCACACUGGUCAGAUCAUACCGGCUGUAUGGUUCAAAUACUCAGUACAACCUAUCACCGUCAAACAUAAAGAAUGGCGUUUAUCCUUCUACUAUUUUCUCACAUCAAUCUGUGCCGUUGUGGGUGGCACGUUCACCGUGGCAGGGAUCAUUGACUCAACGUUUUUCACGAUAACAGACAUCGUUCGAAAGCAUCGAAUUGGAAAGCUAUCAUGA